GAAAAGUAAAAAUGUUUACCUACAUUCUACAAUUGACUUUUUCUAUAGCUUCCUACUUUUUUGUAAAAAUUGAAUGACUAGAGUAUACAAGAUUAUGUAGCUAUUAUCAGUUUAUUUCAAUAGAUUUAAAGUUAUAAUUAAAAACUAAAAGAUAUUUCAUUUAAUCAUUAGUAUUUAGUAUUGUAUUAAACCAGACCGAAAUGGCGUUACGAGUAUUUAGGGGAUUAUGCUUACUGAAAAAUGUUAUUCAAAAGGGUUCAACGCAUUUAAGAACAAAUGGUGUCCAUAUUUCCGUUGUCAAUAGAGAUCUUAUGGAAUUUUUCGAUAACAAAAAGAAUUGGGCUGUUGAACAAGUUAAAGUUGGAAGAUCUUGGUCUAAAGAUGAGUUACGGAUCAAGAGUAAUGAAGAUUUACACAAACUAUGGUUUAUACUACUAAAGGAACGAAACAUGUUACUGACCAUGGAGCAUGAGUGUAAAUCUCAGUUUGAACUUUUCCCAAAUCCUGAACGAAUCAAUAAGGUUGAAGAUAGUAUGAAAAAUGUAGAAACAGUUGUUCGUGAACGGAAUAAAGCUUAUUAUGAUUUGGAAGUUGGUGAAAAUGGAGAAAGACCCGGAGAAAUGGUUACUAAUUUGUUAGGGUUAAAUUUUUUUUACCGGAAGUUUGAACAUUUAAUACCAAAAUUUUUGAACAAAGGAUGGAAAGAUAGGCACAAUUUUAAUGUAGUUAAUGGAAAUGUUGAAAAAUUCCAAAGAUUCUACAGAGAAAAAAUACAUAAUGAAAAAAGGAAAAAAAGAAAUCGUGAUAAAAAUCAUGUUAUGCAUUUGAUGAAACGUUUCCCAAAUAUGGAUAUGGAAGCUGUAAAACAACAAUAUCCUUCUGUGGACAUUGAAAAAAUCAAAAACUACAAAAAAGCUCGUGGGCAUUAUGUACCUUAGAAUUCAUGAAGAUAAAACACAAUUAUAUAAGAAAUAUUACAUAAAUGUAUUUUUUUUAUCCUGAAACUGUAUGUUUAAAUUGAUGUAAUAUAGUAUAAUAUAAUAAUACCUUCAUAUAAUUAGAUGGUAUAGUUUACAAA